AUGAAAGGCGGCGAGGAAGAUUGGACAGCAAUCGACUUGGCAAUAGAGCGGACAGUCCAAGACGUCAAAGUAACUUACCGACCAAGGGGUCCGCACCAAUCUUGGGAGCUAAUGAAGCAGCGUGCGCCUGCCAUCCCCACGCUGCGCGUCCUCGACGACGACAUUUCAAGACAAUUUCGAACUAUCUACAGAGGUACUACACACACAACGCCUGCCAAAGACGCCGACGUCCGCCUCCUCGACGAGCACUACAACAGUGCACGCUUACAUAUAUACACUCCCGGCCGUCGCACCACAAACACUGCUGAUAAAGUCAGGGAGUUUGUCAGUAACGGGUUCCACAUCGCAAACACAAAGAUCAUACCAAAAUGGCACACGAGGCGCGCAGCAUAUGAGCGCGCAAGCUCACAAAUUUGGCCUGAGAAUCUCUGGACCCCCGACAGUACGAGAUGUUCGCGCAGAACUUGCAACAAUCACGCUCAUCUGGCUCAGCCGCAGACUAGCGGGACCAGCUGA